AGAAGAAGAAAAUGAGGCAAAGAUUGAAAGUGUACAGAAAACAGGUUUCAUCAAAGGACCAAUGUUCAAAGGUGUUGCUUCUAGUCGGUUUUUGCCCAAAGGCACCAAAACAAAAGUUAAUUUGGAGGAACAAGGACGACAGAAGGUGUCAUUCAGCUUCAGCCUUACAAAAAAAACUUUGCAGAAUAGAUUUCUCACUGCACUUGGCAAUGAAAAGCAAAAUGAUACACCAAACUCCCCUGCUUUAUCUCAAGUAGACUCAACUCCUAAAAUUAAAGUGGACAUUGGAGAUACUGCAGCUACUACAGAAGAAUCUUCACCACCAAAAUCAAGAGUGGAAUUGGGCAAAAUUCAUUUUAAAAAACAUCUGCUUCAUGUAACAUCCAGGCCACUGUUGACUACAACCUCAGCAGUAACAUCUCCAUCUCCUUCCACAGUUCAGAUACCAGCAGUCAUAGCAGAAUCAACAACUGUAGAUUCACCACCUUCAUCUCCACCUCCACCUCCUCCACCUCCCCAAGCCACAGCACCCUCAUCACCAGCACCAAUAACAGAGCCAGUAUGCUCACCACAUGCACCAGUAAAAGUUCCAACAGCAGCACCAUUGUCCUUACCAGUAGAAGUAGCAGUUAGAACUCUGAAAGAACUGCCAACUACACUUGUACAAGAGUCUUUAGAAGCGGAUAGUAAGCAGGACAUUAUCUCUAACAGUGUAGAAGAACACAUAAUUCAAAAUCCAAAUGAUCAAGUAGAUACUCCCUCACAAAAAGAAGAUUCCCAUAUUGGGAAGGAAGAAGAAAUUCCAGAUAGUUCUAAGACUAGUCUGAGCUCUAAAAAAUCAGGUUCUAAGAAGAAAUAUUUACAAUUUGAAGGUACAUUUCUUGGCUCAGAAUCUGAUGAAGAUUCUGUACGGACUUCCUCCAGUCAAAGAUCCCAUGAUUUAAAAGUUUCAGCAAGCAUUGAAAAAGAAAGAGAUAUAAAAAAGAACUCGGCACCUUUAAAAAAUGAAGAUUUAGGGAAAUCUUCAAGAUCUAAAACAGAAAGAGAUGACAAAUAUUUUAGCUACUCAAAACUUGAAAGAGACACUCGGUAUGUAUCUUCCCGAUGUAGAUCAGAAAGAGAACGAAGGAGGAGCAGAUCUCGUUCCAGAUCUGAGAGAGGGUCUAGAGCUAGUUUAUCCUAUUCCCGAUCAGAGCGAUCUCAUUAUUAUGACUCUGAUCGACGCUACCAUAGGAGCUCCCCAUAUCGAGAGCGGACACGCUAUUCUCGGCCGUAUACAGAUAACAGGGGACGAGAGAGUUCUGACUCUGAAGAUGAAUAUAAGAAGACAUACUCAAGGCGCACCUCAUCUCAUUCCUCCUCUUACCGAGACCUGAGAACAUCGUCCUAUUCUAAAUCUGAUCGGGAUUGUAAGACUGAGACCUCUUACUUAGAGAUAGAGAGAAGAGGAAAGUAUUCUUCCAAACUAGAGAGAGAAUCCAAAAGGACUUCAGAAAGUGAAGCAAUAAAAAGAUGUUGUUCUCCUCCUAGUGACCUGGGAUUUCGGUGGGGGUCCUCAUAUUCCAAGCAUGAUUAUAGUGCUUCCCGUUAUAAAUCUGCCCUUUCAAAGUCUAUAUCCAAGACUGACAAAUUUAAAAAUUCUUUCUGUUGUGCGGAAUUAAAUGAGGAAAGCAAACAGUCUCAUUCUUUUAGUUUACAGACUCCUUGUUCAAAAGGUAGUGAAUUAAGAACAAUUAGUAAAAUUCCUGAAAGAGAAAAGACUGGAUCUCCAUCUCCAUCAAAUCGGUUAAAUGAUUCACCUACUUUGAAAAAGCUAGAUGAAUCACCUAUUUUUAAGUCAGAAUUGAUAGGACAUGAUAGCCAUGAUAGUAUUAAAGAAUUAGACUCUUUAUCUAAAGUGAAGAAUGAUAAAUUAAGAAACUUUUGUCCCAUUGAAUUAAAUAUAAAUGGAUCUCCUGGGGCAGAAUCUGAUGUGGUAUUUUGCACUUCUAAAACUGAUGCCGUUUUGAUGACAUCUGAUGAUAGUGUGACUGGAUCAGAAGUAUCUCCUUUGGUCAGAGCAUGCAUGUCUUCAUCAAAUGGAUUUCAGAAUAUUAGGUGCAAGGAAAAAGACUCGGAGGACACUUGCAUACAGCAUAAGUCACAAAGUCCAUUUAAAGAAACAGAACCUCUUGUGUUACCACGCAGUGAUAACAUGUCUUUGCCAGUUAUGACCACAGAUUAUUCCAAAACAGUAGUAAAAGAGCCAAUUGAUACAAGAGUUUCUUGCUGCAAAACCAAAGAUUCAGAUAGGUAUUAUACUGCAAAUGAGAAUAACCUUUCUUUGUGUUAUUCUGAAGCUGAAAAUACUGAGCCUUCAGUUACAAAGAUUUCUUCAAAUAGCUUGAUGAAUGUACAUUUGGAAUCAAAAACAGUUGCAUGUGAUAAGAGAAAUCUGACAGAUCAGCACUCAAAAUUUACAUGUGGAGAAUAUAGACAGAGUGUUGGUAGCACUAGUUCAGCUUCUGUUAAUCAUUUGGAUGAUUUAUAUGAACCUAUUGGGAGUUCAGGUAUUGCUUCGUCUCUUCAGAGUCUUCCCCCAGGAACAAAAGUGGACAGUUUGACUCUUUUGCAGCAUGAUGACAACACAUCUCCAGUUCUGGAUGGAAUGCUGAAGAGUAGAAAAAGCACAGAGAUUCUAAAGCAUACAGGGAAAGAAAAAAGACUAGACAUAGAUAGUGGCUUUCCUGAUUCAGGAAAGGCAUUUGCUUCUUGGGAAAACAGGCAUAAUAAUGGACUAUCUGGGAAAUGUUUGCAAGAGGCUCAGGAAGAAGGGAAUUCCAUAUUGCUUGAUAGAAGAGGAAGACCAGAGAUCCCUUUAGAUGAAGGAAGAAGAGGACAUACACACAUAUCUGAUGACUCAGAAGUUGUACUUUCUUCUUGUGAUUUGAAUUUAACCAUGGAAGACAAUGAUAGUGGAACUUACACCUUAAAAUGUGAUAGUAGUGGUCAUGCCCCUGAAAUUGUGUCUACUGUCCAUGAAGAUUAUUCUGGUUCCUCUGAAAGUUCAAGUGAUGAAAGUGAUUCAGAAGAUACAGAUUCAGAUGACAGCAGUAUUCCAAGAAACCGUCUCCAAUCAGUUGUAGUUGUGCCAAAGAAUUCUACUUUGCCUAUGGAAGAAACAAGUCCAUGUUCUUCUCGGAGCAAUCAGAGUUACAAACAUUAUUCUGACCAUUGGGAAGAUGAGAGAUUGGAGUCAAGGAGACAUUUGUAUGAGGAAAGGUUUGAAAAUAUAGCAAGUAAAGGCUGUCUUCAAACUGAAAAGUUUUUCUUUCAUAAAGGUACAGAGAAGAAUCUAGAAAUUUCUUUUAUGCAGUCUGGCAGAAAACAAGUAGAUAACCACUUGCCUGAAAUUGCUCAUUCUCAGAAUGAUGGUGUUGAUAGCACAAGCCAUACAGAUGUGAAAUCUGACCUUCUGGGUCACUCAAAUUCAGAAGAAAUAAUAAAAACCAGAACAUCCUCUAGGCAACAGGAAGAGCUGCCAGUUUAUUCUUCUGAUGAUUUUGAAGAUAUCCCAAGUAAGUCUCGGCAACAGACCACUUUCCCUAACAGGCCAGAUAGUAGACUUGGAAAAACAGAGUUUUUUUCUUCUUGUGAUAUCUCUCAUAUGGAUGGCUUGUACUCAUCAGAAGAGCUCAGAAACCUAGAGUGGGACUUCUCUCAACAAGAAAAGCCUACCACCACAUACCAGCAACCUGAUAGCAGCUAUGGAGCCUGUGGUGCACACAAGUAUCAACAAAGUGCAGAACAGUAUGGUGGGAACCGUAACUACUGGCAAGGCAAUGGCUACUGGGAUCCAAGAUCAGCAGGUAGACCUCCUGGAUCUGGGAUCACUUAUGAUAGAAUUCAAGGGCAGGUUCCAGAUUCUCUAACAGAUGAUCAUGAAGAGGAAGAGAAUUGGGAUCAACGAGGUGAAUCUCACUUUAUUAGCCAGUCUAAUAAAUUUCUUCUGUCCCUUCAGAAGGACAAAGGGUCAGUACAAGCACCUGAAAUAAGCAGCAACUCUGUUAGGGACUCUGUCGCUAUAAAUGAAAGAAAAGAUUUUUCAAAAAACCUGGAAAAAAGUGACAUUAAAGAUAGAGGGCCUCCUAAAAAACGGCGGCAGGAAUUGGAGAGUGAUUCUGAAAGUGAUGGUGAGCUUCAGGACAGAAAGAAAGUUAGAGUGGAUAUAGAGCAGGGAGAGACAUUUGUGGCUCCAGGUUCUGAGCUGAUUGGACCUUCCUGUGUCAUGGAUGACUUCAGGGAUCCACAGCGAUGGAAGGAAUGUGCCAAGCAGGGGAAGAUGCCUUGUUACUUUGAUCUUAUUGAAGAAAAUGUUUAUUUAACAGAAAGAAAGAAGAAUAAAUCCCACCGGGAUAUUAAGCGAAUGCAGUGUGAGUGUGCACCUCUUUCCAAAGAGGAAAGAGCUCAAGGUGAAGUAGCAUGUGGGGAAGAUUGUCUUAAUCGUCUCCUCAUGAUUGAGUGUUCCUCUCGAUGUCCAAAUGGGGAUUUUUGUUCCAAUAGACGAUUUCAGAGAAAACAGCAUGCAGAUGUGGAAGUUAUACUUACAGAAAAAAAAGGUUGGGGCUUAAGAGCUGCUAAAGAUCUUCCUUCGAACACCUUUGUCCUAGAAUAUUGUGGAGAGGUACUUGAUCAUAAAGAGUUUAAAGCUCGGGUAAAGGAAUAUGCACGAAACAAAAACAUUCAUUACUAUUUCAUGGCCCUGAAGAAUGAUGAGAUAAUAGAUGCCACACAGAAAGGAAAUUGCUCUCGUUUCAUGAAUCACAGCUGUGAACCAAACUGUGAAACCCAAAAAUGGACUGUGAAUGGACAACUAAGAGUUGGGUUUUUUACCACCAAACUUGUUCCUUCGGGCUCAGAGUUAACAUUUGACUAUCAAUUUCAAAGAUAUGGGAAAGAAGCUCAGAAAUGUUUCUGUGGGUCAGCUAAUUGCCGGGGUUACCUGGGAGGAGAAAACAGAGUCAGUAUCAGAGCCGCAGGAGGGAAGAUGAAAAAGGAACGAUCCCGUAAGAAAGAUUCAGUAGAUGGAGAGCUAGAAGCACUGAUGGAAAAUGGUGAGGGUCUUUCUGAUAAAAACCAGGUGCUCAGUUUAUCCCGACUAAUGGUUCGAAUUGAAACUUUGGAGCAGAAACUUACCUGUCUCAAGCUUAUUCAGAAUACACAUUCACAGUCCUGCCUGAAAUCCUUUUUGGAAAGACAUGGGCUGUCUUUGUUAUGGAUCUGGAUGGCAGAGCUUGGUGAUGGCCGAGAAACUAACCAGAAGCUUCAGGAAGAGAUUAUAAAGACUUUGGAACACUUACCCAUUCCUACUAAAAAUAUGUUGGAAGAAAGCAAAGUACUUCCAGUUAUUCAACGUUGGUCUCAAACCAAGACUGCUGUGCCUCAGUUGAGUGAAGGAGAUGGAUAUUCCAGCGAGAAUACAUCACGUGCACAUACGCCCCUCAAUACACCUGAUCCUUCUACCAAGCUGAGUACGGAAGCUGACACAGACACUCCUAAGAAACUCAUGUUUCGCAGACUUAAAAUUAUAAGUGAAAAUAGCAUGGACAGUGCAAUCUCUGAUGCAACCAGUGAGCUGGAGGGCAAAGAUGGCAAAGAGGACCUUGAUCAGUUAGAAAAUGUCACUGUAGAGGAAGAAGAAGAGAUACAGUCACAACAGCCAUUCCCUGAACAGCUGUCUGAAUCCAAAGUUGAAAGUGAAACCACUGUGGAGGCCAGUAAACUACCCACAUUGGAGUCAGAAGCUGACACGGAGAUAGAGCCCAAAGAGAGCAGCAGCACCAAGCUGGAAGAACCCCUUGCUGAGGAAACACCAUCCCAAGAUGAAGAGGAGGGUGUGUCUGAUGUGGAGAGUGAGAGGAGCCAAGAACAACCAGAUAAAACAGUGGAUAUAAGUGAUUUGGCUACCAAGCUACUGGACAGUUGGAAAGACCUAAAGGAGGUGUAUCGGAUUCCAAAGAAAAGUCAAACUGAAAAGGAGAGCACAGUAACUGAGCGAGGAAGGGAUGCCGUUGGACUCAGAGAUCAGACAGCUGCCCCAAAGACUCCUAACAGGUCAAGAGAGAGAGAUCCAGAUAGGCAGACUCAGAAUAAAGAGAAAAGGAAACGGAGGGGUUCCCUCUCACCACCACCUUCUGCCUAUGAGCGAGGAACAAAAAGGCCAGACGACAGAUAUGAUACACCAACAUCUAAAAAGAAAGUGCGAAUUAAAGACCGCAAUAAACUCUCUACAGAGGAGCGCCGAAAGUUGUUUGAACAAGAAGUGGCUCAGCGGGAGGCUCAGAAACAGCAGCAGCAGAUGCAGAAUCUGGGAAUGACAUCACCACUGCCCUAUGACUCUCUUGGCUAUAAUGCCUCCCAUCACCCCUUUGCUGGCUACCCACCUGGCUAUCCCAUGCAGGCUUAUGUGGAUCCCAGCAAUCCAAAUGCUGGAAAGGUGCUCCUGCCCACACCCAGCAUGGACCCUGUGUGUUCUCCUGCUCCUUAUGAUCAUGCCCAGCCCUUGGUGGGGCAUUCUACAGAACCCCUUGCUGCCCCUCCACCAGUGCCAGUGGUACCACAUGUGGCAGCCCCUGUGGAAGUGUCUAGUUCACAAUAUGUGGCCCAGAGUGAUGGUGUGGUCCACCAAGACUCCAGUGUUGCUGUCAUGCCAGUACCAACUCCAGGUCCAGUCCAAGGACAGAAUUAUAGUGUUUGGGAUUCAAACCAACAAUCUGUCAGUGUACAGCAACAGUACUCUCCUGCACAAUCUCAAGCGACCAUAUAUUAUCAAGGACAGACAUGUUCAAGUGUCUAUGGUGUGACAUCUCCUUAUUCACAAACGACUCCACCAAUUGUACAGAGUUAUGCCCAGCCAAGUCUUCAGUAUAUCCAGGGACAGCAGAUUUUCACAGCUCACCCACAAGGAGUGGUGGUACAGCCAACUGCAACCGUGACUACAAUAGUUACACCAGGGCAGCCGCAACCUUUACAGCCACCUGAGAUGGUUGUGACAAAUAAUCUACUGGAUCUGCCACCUCCAUCUCCUCCCAAACCCAAAACUAUUGUCUUACCUCCCAACUGGAAGACAGCACGAGAUCCAGAAGGGAAGAUUUAUUAUUACCAUGUGAUCACGAGGCAGACUCAGUGGGAUCCACCUACUUGGGAAAGCCCAGGAGAUGAUGCCAGCCUUGAGCAUGAAGCUGAGAUGGACCUGGGAACCCCAACAUAUGAUGAAAACCCCAUGAAGGGAUUGAACCCAGGGAGUUUUGCAUACCAGACAUCAUCAAAAAAGCCCAAGACAGCAGAAGCAGAUACCUCCAGUGAGCUGGCUAAAAAAAGCAAAGAAGUAUUCAGAAAAGAGAUGUCUCAAUUCAUCGUCCAGUGCCUGAAUCCUUACCGGAAACCUGACUGCAAAAUAGGCAGAAUCACCACAACUGAGGAUUUCAAACACCUAGCUCGCAAGCUGACUCAUGGUGUUAUGAACAAGGAGCUGAAGUACUGUAAGAACCCUGAGGAUCUGGAGUGCAAUGAGAAUGUGAAACACAAAACCAAGGAGUAUAUAAAGAAGUACAUGCAGAAGUUUGGGGCUGUUUACAAACCCAAAGAGGACACGGAGUUAGAGUGACUAGUGGGGCCAGGGCUGGAGGAUGGGUGAUCAGAUAGGCCAGACUCUGGGCAAAGAAAUUCUGUGGGCCUCUGCCCCACCCCACCCCCACUGCUGGGGCUGUGCUACUGAUGACACAUCACCCUGGGAACGCAGGCCUUCAGAUGUCAACUGAGAGCCACACAUUGAGCUCCAUCUACAAGUGAUGCCUAGUUUCGAGCUGUUGGGGUGUGGUUAGAGGCCAUCAGAGAGGCCAUGGCCCAGGGAAGACCCUGGUCGGACCUGACUUAAUCCCACUUUCAAACCUGGGUCUCCUCCUUGGUGGUGCUGUCAGCGCACAGACCCAUGCGCAUCCCUGCCCAAGACCCUUUAUCCGACGAUCUGUAUUAUAUUUUAAUGUAUAUGUGAAUAUAUUGAAAAUAAUUUGUUUUUUCCUGGUUUUUGUUUGGCUUUUGUUUUGCUUUUAGCCUCUAUGUGCUAGGAUCACAGAAAGACUUUGUAAGGAUGGUUUAAGUUCUCCUGCAAGGUUUAAUUUGUUAUCAUGUAAAUAUUCCAAAGCAGGCUGCCUUGUGGUUUUGGCUAGCCCUGUGCUCUGUUGAUAAGAUUGAUUUACUGCUUAAAAUCACUUUACUUUAUCCAAUUUUUACUGAACUUUUUAUGUAAAAAAUAAAAUGAAUUAAAGAACUUUG